AUGAAAGAAAAUCGAAUACUUCAAAUGAAAACGGGCAUUUUUGCUGAUUCACAGCAGCAACAAACAAAACGUUAUCAUCUCAUAAAGGUUGCUCAAAAUAAUAAUGCACAAUCAGUAACAUAUGAAAAUAAAGGCAUUCAAACAGCUAAGAUUGAAUUAAAUAAGCCUAUUAUAAACGAAACUAUUUAUCAUCAAAAAGAAAUCAAUAUGUUACAAAGUCAAUUUCAACAGUUAUUAAAUGCAAAGAAUCAAGAACUUAAAGAUCUUUAUUCAAAAUAA